AACCAAAACUAAAACUAAAACUAAACCAGCAUAUAAACCAAACAGGCAUAAGCAUUAGAUCGGUAAAAGGGCAAACAUGUUCGUGCAUCUUCUUCUUGGAGGGCGUCGAAGUCGUCGACUGCGACGUCAUCAUCGAUCGUCGCCAUCAAGUUAUUUUCAAGAAAAACGGUACGAGAGAUCGCUGUGGUUUCGCGCCAAUACUCACAAAAGUAACAUGAAGUGGUACGCCGUCGACAUUUCGAACCAAGAGAGUAGUGGUGUCGAUGAUGAAUGCAAGAAAUGGAACAAUUGCGUGAAAAGAGGAGAGAAGAACAAAUUGAAACUCAUCCCAAUCUCGAGAAAGAAAUAUUUCGAUAGCACCUUAGUUUGUUUGGAUUCCACUAUCUAUUGCCUCGGUGGAUUUUGUCGUGGCAGAACAAUGUAUGAGAUUCACCCCACUAACGAUGUUCGCCGAUUCAAAUCUGCUUCUCCCUCGCCCCGUUGGAAGAAUCUGAUUUCUGGUCUCAUGAAUGUUGGAAGAAACAGCCCCGCCGCGGUGGUUCUGGGUGGAAAAUUGUAUGUCAUGGGAGGUAAUCAUGUUAAAAUCGUUCCCAAAGGUACUGAAAAUGAUACCUGGGCUGAGGUGUUUGAUCCUAAGACUAAGAAAUGGAGUUUUCUGCCUAAACCUACCUGCUGUGAUAAGCCGCUACCUUCCGCUCGUUUUUUGUGUAUGGCUCUCGAGGGUUUACAGAAGAUUCUAGUGGCUGUGGCUUAUUUGAACGAAGCGUAUUUGUACCAUGUUUCUCAAAACAAGUGGACCAAACACCCUUUGACUAAACACCUUCGCGUUGCAUCGCUUGUCGACGAAACAAACAUGGCGGUUUUAGGCAGUACUUUGUAUUGGUACGAAACAACGACACCUGUAUGUACGCUUAUGACUUGGAAACUGGCAAAUCAUUCUCGGGGAAAAUUAGGGGAUUUAAGAAUCCAGCACGGAAGAUCAGAGUAGAUCCUUGUGAAAUGAGGACUUUCUUAUUUCAUUUGACUGGCAGAUGUUUUUGUUUGGUUUGGGGACAAGGGCCUACUGUACACUGCACCAAAUUUGUUGCGGAGAAAUCAUCCUAUUUGCCCAUUAAACGCAAAGCCUCUCUCUGCGCUUGGGUUCUCUCAUCUCAAGCUUAUGAUCUCGGUCCUAAUACAAAGUUUUCUGAUGUUGUGCUAAUGAAUAAAAGGUGUGAAUUAUCUAGUUCGUCAGUGGUUGUGGAACUCAAAGAGCCAACUGAAUCUACUCUGAAGCUGGACCUCAUGGAUGUAAAUUGAUUGAAGAAGCUUCUGCAAGUUGAAAAGAUCUUGGAUUUGGUGAAUUAUGGAUAUGUUGAAAUUUGAGUAAUGAGCGACAAGCUGAAGAAGUGAGCUUUUGGCACAUUAUGCAAGAAGAUUAUACUGGGAUAUGUUUAAGUGGGAUGUUUCUAAUAUAUGAAGGGUAUGUGUAUUAGGAUGAUAGAUGUUUUCAAGUCUUUAUUAAGAUAGCCUAAGUAUUGUCUAUGGACUUUUGGUAGUACAUAUAUACAUAUAUUAUAUAGAAGAAUAUUUUUAAUGGUUUGAAUUUAAUGAAACUAGACUGAUUGGGAAGUGAAUGCUAGGAUAAUAAAACUAAUUAUACAGUAGUUUUGGAGUGUGCUUCCUCCUCUCACAUGCAUGGUUAGAACUUCGCCAAGGAUCUCUAACAUAUACAGAGGUUUUGGUUCCAGUAGAUGGAUGGCCCAACUCUCCUUGGAAAACAUGCGAGUAUGGUUAUCCACUUUCCAAUAGUUGUCUUGAAAUUUCUGUUAUUUCCUGUCUCAAGUGCUUUCCUGAAGUCUGUGCUAGGCUUAUUCAACGUCACAAUUGAAUUUGUGGUUUUGCUUUCCUAAUGAUU